AUGUCUUCCGUGAAUAAUGACGGGAGUGACACCCUGCACAUCGGCAAGAGUCGCAAAAAGCUCUCACAACGACUCUACCGUUCAACCGAGGCAGAAGAUUUUGAACAACUGCGACAGAUCAUUCAAGAAAUAACUAAAGAGAGUCCCCCCACAAGACACGAUGUUCUGAUAAAAGCUAUUGAGAUCAUUAGGCGGCUUGAUAGAGAGUACCGUGCUCUUCUUACAGAACAUGUUGCGGCUUUGACUUCUCCUUGUCCCUCUGGCUCCUCCACGCAACACUCCGAUUUCUAUCCUGCAGUAUCACAAUUUCCAGCUGAGAGUUGGUUAGUGAACCAUGGCGUACAAACGAUGCCGAUGCAUCCACAUAUGCUGUCUCCUGAAUCAUCAAACAACAUCGCAUACAGCACGUAUAAUACACAAAGCAUGGAUCCUAUGGAUAAUUACUACGGUUUACCUACCAAUCAUUGA